GUAGCUAUCAAAAAAAUGGAGUUGGAAGCAAUUAAAGCGGCAGAGGGAGAGCGCGAAUUUCGCGUAGAAGUUGACAUAUUGAGUUUGCUAGACCAUCCAAAUCUUGUUUCUUUGAUAGGUUAUUAUGCCGAUGGAAAGCAUAGAUUCUUAGUAUAUGAGUAUAUGCAUAAUGGAAACCUACAAGAUCAUUUGAAUGGGAUGAGGGAAAGAAAAAUGGAUUGGCCUCAAAGAUUAAGAGUGGCAUUAGGAGCUGCAAAAGGCCUUGCUUAUCUCCACUCAAGUUCUUGCGUUGGAAUUCCUAUUGUUCAUAGAGAUUUCAAAUCCACCAAUAUUCUUUUAGAUACCAAUUUUGAAGCAAAGAUAUCUGAUUUUGGGUUCGCAAAGCUAAUGCCAGAAGAACACGAAAUACACGAAACAGCCAAAGUACUUGGUACAUUUGGCUAUUUUGACCCUGAGUAUACAUCGACGGGAAAGUUGACGCUACAAAGUGAUGUUUACGCUUUUGGUGUUGUUCUUCUAGAACUUUUGACAGGACGUCAAGCUAUAGAUCUAAACCAAGGUCCAAAUGAUCAAUACCUUGUACUACAAGUAAGGCACUUACUGAAUAACCACAAGAUGCUCCGUAAGUUGAUUGAUCCAGAGAUGACUAGAAAUUCUUACACUUUUGAAUCAAUAUUCAUGUUUGCGAAUCUUGCAUCACAAUGUGUUCGUCUUGAGAGUCAUGUGAGGCCUUCAAUGAUAGAUUGUGUCAAAGAAAUUCAAAUGAUUAUCUAUACAAAUGCAAAAGGGUUGGGAAUGGUUAUGCAUAGUUUGAGAAUGCUCUAG